AUCUCACCCCGCCCUACAUCCCUUACCUCACACGCCAUACACCAACAACCCCCGCCAACAUGGAAAACGGAAACCCCAGUGCCCCCCAGGGCGAGGGCAAGGACCCCUCAAGCUUCCUCAGCGACAUCAUCGGCAACGCCGUCACCGUCAAGCUCAACUCGGGCGUCGUCUACAAGGGCGAGCUCCAGUCUGUCGACGGCUACAUGAACAUCGCUCUCGAGAAGACGGAGGAGUAUGUCAACGGCACCAAGCGGAGGUCGUACGGCGACGCCUUUGUGAGGGGCAACAAUGUUAUGUACAUUUCCGCAGACUAGACGGGCUGUUUUUUUUUUCAUCCAUGGUUAUGAUGGUUUUAUGAUCUCCAGUCAGGCUUCUUCCUGUGUCUGUGUCUGCCAUGACCGCUACGUCACCAGCAGUCCGGUGUGCAGGCCUACACAAGAAGAGUUCAAUGAAUAUACCCACGAUUGUUCGAG